GGCGGUGGCAGCGGCUGUCACUGCCGGGCCGGGAGCGGCGGUACCCGGGGCUCCGGCGGCACCGCUCGGCAGCCCUGCGGCUUCCCCCCCUGCAAAAGCGAGAAAGCGCCACGAACACUAAUCGCCAGACCUCUCCGUCACCGGGAAUAGUGUCAGAGAGCAAAGCUGUGCGACCUGCCGCCGCCCGAGUCCCCAGGUUGUCUGCGGGCUUUAAGUGCGGAUUUGUUUUCCUCCCUCCACCGAAGGCCUGAAGGGUAUGUUUUCACUUUCAGAGAUUAAAACCGAAGCGGCGCUGGCGAAGAACGGACAUGCUUGACACUUGUCUGCAGUUGCUUGUGUUGCACUUCGUUGCUUACUCGAAAAGGAGAGACUGAGACCGUGUUACUUGGCGUCUUCUCGGGUUAUGAUAUAACUGAUAAUAAAGCAAAAUUGUGGGAAGAGCACCUGGGAACUGAGCAUGGUAGGAUCUUGAAGAGAAAAGUAGCUGGGAUCGACGGGAAGAGGAAGGGGAGGAAUGGCAUCCCGAGAGAGGCUGUAUGAGCUUUGGAUGCUUUACUGCAAUAAGAAAGAUCCAGAUUACCUGAAGCUCUGGUUGGAUAGUUUUGUGUCUAGCUAUGAACAGUUUCUGGAUGUGGACUUUGAGAAGCUGCCAACGAGGGUGGACGACAUUCCGCCAGGAAUAUCGCUGCUUCCUGAUAACAUUCUUCAGGUCCUCAGGCUCCAGUUGCUACAGUGUGUCCAGAAAAUGUCAGAUGGCCUGGAAGAGCAGCAGCAGACUCUGUCACUUUUACUGGUGAAAUUCUUUAUCAUCCUUUGCAGGAAUUUGGCUAAUGUGGAAGAGAUUGGGAUGUGUUCGUACAUUAACCAUGUUAUCACCAUGACUACGUUGUACAUUCAGCAGUUAAAAAGCAAAACAAAAGAGAAAGAAGUGGAGGAUCAGACACCCAUAGAAGAAUUUGUGAGACAUGCAUUGGCUUUCUGUGAAAGUCUCUAUGAUCCAUAUCGAAACUGGAGGCAGCGAAUUGCAGGACGUUUCCUUAGUACAGUUGAAAGAAGCAGACAGAAGUAUAAACCAGCUUCCCUCACUGUUGAGUUUGUCCCUUUUUUUUACCAAUGCUUUCAAGAAAGUGAACAUCUCAAGGAAAGCCUGAAAUGUUGCCUGCUGCAUCUCUUUGGAGCUAUUGUGGCUGGUGGUCAGAGGAAUGCUCUUCAAGCAGUAUCUCCUGCCACCAUGGAAGUUUUGAUGCGUGUUUUAGCAGACUGUGACAACUGGGAUGACAGAAACCCUGAGGAAGUGAGCAGGAAGGCAGAGCUGACUCUGAAGUGCCUGACAGAAGUUGUCCAUAUCCUCUUAACCAGCAGUUCUGACCAGCGCCAGGUGGAGACAAGUACAAUAUUGGAGAACUAUUUCAAGUUGCUUAAUUCAGACCAUUCAGCCUUACCUAAUCCAAGGCGAUGCAGGCAGUGGGAGAGCAGAUUCAUAGCACUGCAGAUCCAAAUGCUGAAUACCAUCACAGCCAUGUUAGACUGCACAGAUAGGCCUGUUCUGCAGGCAAUUUUCCUUAACAGUAACUGCUUUGAGCAUCUCAUUCGACUGUUGCAGAACUGCAAGCUGUUUUUAAAUGCUAACAAUAAAGUGGCAGACAAGAGUGAGAAAGACCUUACCAACAAAUUACUGACAGAAAUGAAUGAGGACCAGGUGUUUCAGGGACACCUGGACUCCUUGGCAGUAUCAACCAUUCAAGCCCUCACAGCGGUAAUGCACAAGUCUCCAGCUGCAAAGGAGGUCUUCAAGGAGAGAAUUGGGUAUGCACACAUAUAUGAGGUACUAAAAUCACUGGGUCAGCCGUCACGGGAAUUGCUGGAAGAACUCAUGAAUAUGGCUGUUGAAGGUGAUCACAUGGCUGUUGGGAUACUAGGCAUUAGUAAUGUCCAGCCCUUAUUGCUGCUCAUUCAGUGGCUUCCAGAGCUAGAAUCACACGAGCUGCAGAUUUUCAUCUCCAAUUGGUUGAGGCGAAUCUGCUGUAUUGACAGACAGAGCCGUGCCACGUGUGUCAAUGCAAACAUGGUCAUCCGUAUCAUCGAGACCCUCAAUUCCCACUCGAUGCUGCACUGCACUUGUGCAGAGAACCUGAUUGCCCUGCUGGGCUCCUUGGGGAGCCAGUCCAUGGGCUCGGAAGAGCUGCUCCAGCUGGUGCGGAUGCUGCGGCCGGAGGAGCCGCGGGGCGCUCACCCGUACGUGGUGCCGGUGAUGCGCGCGCUGCUGGCCAUGGCGCGGAAGCAGGGCCUGGCCAGCGCCCUGCAGUACUUCAACCUGCACCACAGCAUGGCCGGCAUCGCCCUGCCCGCCAUCCACAGGUGGCCGGGCUCCGCAUUCUCCUUCAAUGCCUGGCUCUGCCUUGACCAGGACCGGGUGGACCCCGGCACGACGGGCAAAAGCGGCAAGAGGAAGCAGCUCUACAGCUUUUUUACAGGAAGUGGUAUGGGGUUUGAAGCCUUUAUUACAUGCUCGGGGGUAUUGGUGGUUGCAGUGUGCACGAAGAGGGAAUAUGCAACAGUGAUGCUGCCUGACCAUUGUUUUUUUGACUCUCUCUGGCAUAACAUAACUAUUGUUCACGUGCCUGGAAAGAGGCCCUUUGGUCAGAGCCUCGUGUAUAUCUAUGUCAAUGGACAGCAGAAGGUCUCUGCCCCACUUCGAUUCCCUGCUAUGAAUGAAUCUUUUACUUCUUGCUGCAUUGGUUCAGCUGGUCAAAGAACAACAACUCCUCCUCCCUCUCAGAUACCAGAUCCGCCUUUUUCCUCCCCAGUCAUGCCCCACCGGACAUCGCUCGGGGGCAUUCUUGCUCCUGGAAGUUGGGGUGGGGUGCUUGGAAAACCAGAGUUCAUCACCAAAAUGAUCUCAGCGGGGACUCAGGACAGUGAAUGGGGGUGUCCAACAUCUUUGGAGGGCCAACUUGGAUCAGUUAUUAUCUUUCAUGAAGCACUGCAACCUUCUCAGGUGAAAGCAUUAUAUUUAGCAGGUCCAAACUGUUUAACUCCGUGGAAGUCUCAAGAAGCUGAAGUAGCAGACCUCCCUAGUAAGGUGCUGCUUCAUUAUACACCAAAGGCCUGCAGAAACCCAAUUUGCCUUGACCUGUCUGCAAAUCUUUUACAUGGAAGACUAACUGGAAACAAAGUAGUGAAUUGGGACAUCAAGGAUAUGAUCAACUGUAUUGGUGGAAUGAAUGUGUUGUUUCCGUUGCUGGAGCAGAUCAGCUUUCUUGGUGCACAGAUGCCUGAGAAGUCUGAAGGAGAAACUCUGCCUCCAGAACUUGUAACUCCUGUAGAGGGUGACUGGGUGGUGUUUUCAUCCCCAAAGGCAUCAGAAGCACGUCUGGAGAAGAACAUAGUUGCAACUUUCAUCUUGAUGAUAAAACACUUUAUUCAGGGGCAUCAUGUUAAUCAAGAAAAUCUCAUUCACUCCCAUGGAGUUGCCACCCUAGGAGCCUUGUUACAGAAGGUGCCAAGCAUGUUAAUGGAUGUGAAUGUCCUGAUGGCUGUACAGUUGUUGAUAGAACAAGUCUCAGUAGAAAAGAACAUGCAGCUUUUGCAGCAGAUGUAUCACCACUUACUUUUUGACUUCAGCAUCUGGAACAGUGGUGACUUUCCCUUCAGAAUCGGUCAUAUACAGUAUCUUUCUACAAUCAUCAAGGACAGUAGAAGGCUCUUCAGAAAGAAGUAUGGUGUGCAGUUUCUUCUAGACACACUCAGGAUUUAUUAUGGGACUGGUUGUAAAGACAGUGAUUUGGCUCCUGAUGACCUGAGGACAAUACGGACAUCCUUGUACGGACUGAUCAAAUAUUUCCUGAGCAAAGGUGGAACACAUGAAGAAAUUCAGAGCAUUGUAGGAUACAUAGCUGCCACCAGUGAUGAGGAGCAGCUCUGUGGAAUUUUGGACAUUCUCUUCAGCCUACUUCAUUCCAGUCCAACCCCAGACCAGCUUUUUUUAUUGCUCUUUGAACCAGGGAAUGCUGAUAUUCUUUAUGCUCUGUUAUUGCAUCAAAGAUACUCUGACAGGCUUAGAGAACUUGUGUUCAAGAUCGUGGAAGAGAUGCUGAAAUGUACCAAAGUUUAUGAGCGGAGCAAGCACCGUAUGCGACUCAGAGAAGUGGGGUACUCCGGGCUGGGACUCCUUCUGAAUGAAUCCCCAGUUACUGUUUCUCUUAUUAAAAACCUUCUUAACCAAGUUCUGUAUGCAGAUCCUGCUGUGAAUUAUAAAGAUCUUCUAGCUGUAGUGUAUCUGGCUCAUAGAUCAGAUAUAAACAUGAGAGUGAUUAUCUGUAGAAAGAUUUUGCACCUUUUGCAUUCCCAAUUGGAUGCAGCACAACAGAUUUCUCAGCAGCUGGGCUGGCAGGACACCUUGGUUAGACUAUUCCUGAAAGAAAACUCAGAGGUCCGGAUUGGCUUUAAGGAGAACAGGACUGAUUCCUCCAGGGAAGAGGAUAAAAAGCCUACUGAAGAGCUUCAGAAACAUCAGGCUGAUAAGACAGAGAGAGAGAAAGCUGGCAGCUUUGCAUCAGUUAAUGGUCUGUUUGAUCAGUGGAGUUUGGAAGACAACAAAUCCCUGGACGUCCCUGGCCAUUUCUCUGUUAUGCCACUGGAAGAUGCAUCCACAGCAGAGAUGUCUUUCAGUUCGGAGGGCCGAGGAGAGCUGUGGCACAGUAAUCCUUCACAUUUCAGUUUAGAUUUGUCCAGUGUUGACUCUUAUGAACUGGCUGAUGUUGGGAAUCAGAUGACAGACAGCCAGCCCAGCACUCCCUCACCCACAGAGAGCACAAAGCCCUUCUCUGGGCAGCCUGACAAAGAGCUGGGUGUUACGAAUGACGUGGGCUUUGCUGCUGAGCUUUCUCUCUUUGAAAACCAAGGAGGGAGUGAUAAUGAACUCAUACAGUUACUUACAGACAUCCUACUGUGUAUAAUGUGGAAAGGUAUUGAAAAAUCUGAUGAUGAUGCUUGGAUUGAGAGAGGACAGGUGUUCUCUGCUCUCACCAAACUGGGCAUGUCUAAUGAGUUGCUGCGGCCUUCUGAUGAAAUAAAACUCAACUUGUUGGAGAAGAUGUUAGAAUGGUCAGUCACUGAUAACAGAGAUUCAAAAGCUCUCCCUACACAUGCUGAAAAUGCCUUCAAGCUCUUGCUAAUUGUACAAGGUUUCCUGCAGGCAGAAGGACUAAUUAAUUCAAAUUUAUGGACAGAAAAGCUCUUGGAAGAACUAGUGACUCUCAUGGAUAGUCUGUCAGUCUGGUACUCUGGUGGCCUAGAAGCAAUUAGGCUUUCACAGGUGCAAGUCCAGCUGCUCCUUGGAUUUAUUGCACAAGACAACUUACAGGUCUGUGCUAUGGCAGCAGCCAAACUAAACACCCUCCUUCAGACCAAAGUAAUUGAGAGCCAGCCUGAAGCAUGCUACCUCCUGGGGAAGUUGGAAGGCAUUUUGAGUAGGUCAAUUGAAGAGAAGACAGAAACUUACUCAUUUUUGAUUCCCCUUGUUCGGACAUUGGUAUCCAAGAUUUAUGAACUUCUCUUUAUGAAUCUGCACCUUCCUUCAUUGCCUCCUACCAAUGGCAGCCCAUCUUUCUUUGAGGACUUUCAAGAAUACUGCAGAUCUGAGGAGUGGCAAGUUUAUAUUGACAAAUACAUUAUUCCAAAUAUGAAGCAGUAUGAAGAGAAUUCAUUCAGACAUGAUAAUGAGCAGAUGGCACUUUAUUGGAAAGAUUGUUAUGAAGCAUUUAUGGUGAACAUGCACAAGCGAGACCGGGAAAGAGGAGAAAGUAAGCUUAAAUUUCAGGAGCACUUUGUGGAGCCGUUCAGCAGAAAGGCUCGGCAGGAAAAUCUGCGGUACAACAGUAUGCUCAAACAGCUUAGCAGUCAACACACAGCCACACUGAGGCAGUGGAGAGCAGCCCAGCUUUACUUGUUCUCUGAGCGUGGGCCUUGGGCUGAAAGGAAACAGCGUCCUGUUCACUGGAAACUUUCAAAUGUGGAAAAUUUUUCACGUAUGAGACUAAAACUAGUGCAGAAUUACAACUUCAACUCUCAUCAGGAUGCUAGUGACCUGAGAGAUAAUCUAGGUGUGCACCAGACACAGCCCUCUAGUGAGUCUCUGCUUCUGGAGGUGGUGAAGCAGGUGAAAGUGAGUGACUUGGAAGAUGAUAUUCUGGAACUACCAGAAGAAGACACAGCAGCCAGUUCCAAUUUAGAUGAGAAGGAUGAGGAAAGUCAGAAAGAAAAGCUAAUAUUGUCUGAAGACUGUGAACUCAUUACAGUAAUUGAUGUGAUACCAGGCAGGCUGGAGGUCACUACCCAGCACAUCUAUUUCUUUGAUGGUAGCAUUGAGAAGGAGGAAGGGGUAGGUUUUGAUUUCAAAUGGCACCUUUCUCAAAUUCGAGAGAUCCAUUUGCGUCGGUACAACCUGAGGAGGUCAGCUUUGGAGAUCUUCCUUACAGAUCAAACCAACUAUUUCCUCAACUUCAAUAAGGAGGUACGAAACAAAGUCUACAGUCGGAUAUUGUCACUGCGUUCUCCAAACAUUUCUGGGACCAGAUCACCACAGGAGCUUUUCAAAGCGUCAGGUUUGAUGCAGAAAUGGGUGAAUAGAGAAAUAUCCAACUUUGACUACCUUAUUCAGCUAAACACUAUGGCAGGACGAACUUACAAUGACCUUGCUCAAUAUCCUGUGUUUCCCUGGAUUUUACGAGAUUACACCUCAGAAGAACUGGACCUGAAUAAUCCUGCAGUAUUUAGGGACCUGUCCAAACCUAUAGGUGUGGUGAAUGAGAAGAAUGCUAAGACUGUGAAAGAGAAAUAUGAGAAUUUUGAGGAUCCUCUUGGGAUGAUUGACAAAUUUCACUAUGGGACGCAUUACUCAAAUGCUGCUGGUGUCAUGCAUUACCUCAUUCGGGUAGAGCCUUUCACAACACUUCACAUCCAGCUUCAGAGUGGCAGAUUUGACUGUGCUGACAGACAGUUCCACUCUAUUCCUGCUACUUGGCAGGCACUCAUGGACAACCCCAAUGAUGUCAAGGAACUUAUCCCAGAGUUCUUCUACUUUCCAGAAUUCCUGGAGAAUCAAAAUGGUUUUAACUUAGGCCAGCUUCAAAUGUCCAAAGAGGUGGUAAAUGAUGUUGUUCUGCCUAAGUGGGCCCACUCCCCAGAAGACUUUAUAAAUAAACACAGGAAAGCUCUGGAAUCUGAGUAUGUUUCUGCUCAUCUUCAUGAAUGGAUAGAUUUGAUUUUUGGCUACAAGCAGAGGGGACCAGCUGCAGUGGAGGCGCUCAAUGUGUUCUACUAUUGUACUUAUGAAGGGGCUGUGGAUUUGGAUGCUUUAACAGAUGAGAAAGAAAGGAAGGCUUUAGAAGGGAUGAUAAACAAUUUUGGGCAAACUCCCUGUCAGCUGUUAAAGGAGCCCCAUCCACAGAGGCUGUCAGCAGAAGAGGUAGUACAAAGACUAACUAAAAGUGAUACCUCUACUCUGAAUCUCUUCCAACACCUCACUGAGCUGAAGUCAUUCUUCAUAGAGGGAAUUAGUGAUGGUGUGCCCAUUGUCAAAGCUGUUGUCCCCAGGAAUCAGUCACGUUCCUUUAUUUCUCAGGGAAGCCCAGAGAUCUUGGUAACAACAAGUCUGAACUGCAUUAUUGGAACUCAUGGUUGGCUGCCUUAUGACAAAAAUAUUUCCAACUAUUUUACAUUCAUCAAAGAUACAACAGUGACAAAUCCCAAAACACAGCGCAGCAUGAGUGGUCCUUUUGCCCCAGGGCUGGAGAUCACCUCCAAGCUGUUUGCAGUGUCCCAUGACGCAAAGCUGCUCUUCAGUGGCGGACACUGGGACAACAGCAUCCGAGUGACGUCCCUUACGAAAGGCAAACUGAUGGGACAGCACAUCAGGCACAUGGAUAUUGUGACCUGCUUGGCAAUAGACUACUGUGGAAUUCAUUUAAUUUCAGGCUCCAGAGAUACUACCUGUAUGAUAUGGCAAAUAGUUCAGCAGGGAGGAGUGCCUGUAGGCCUGGCACCUAAGCCAUUACAGAUCCUUUAUGGGCACACUGAUGAAGUUUCGAGUGUUGGCAUCAGCACUGAACUGGAUAUGGCAGUGUCAGGAUCCAGGGAUGGCACUGUCAUUGUCCGCACUAUUCGGAAAGGUCAGUACGUGAGGACUCUGCGACCACCUUGUGAGAGUUCUCUCCUGCUGACUGUUCCCAAUCUGGCUGUGUCCUGGGAAGGCCAUAUAGUUGUCCACACCAGCGUGGAAGGAAAGACUACUCUCAAGGAUAAGAAUGCAUUACAUCUCUAUUCUGUCAAUGGGAAAUAUCUGGGUUCUGAGACUCUGAAGGAGGAAGUGUCCGAUCUGUGUGUAACUGGCGAAUAUAUCAUCAUGGGCAGCUUGCAGGGAUUUCUUUCCAUACGGGAUCUCUACAGCCUGAGUCUGAGCAUCUCUCCCUUAGCCAUGAGACUGCCAAUCCAUUGCAUUUCUGUCACCAAAGAGUACAGCCACAUCCUUGUUGGCUUGGAGGAUGGCAAGUUGAUUAUCGUUGGUGUUGGCAAGCCGGCAGAGAUGCGCUCAGGUCAGCUUUCCCGAAAGCUGUGGGGAUCAAGCAAACGGCUCAGCCAGAUUUCAUCAGGAGAGACUGAAUAUAACACUCAAGAUUCCAAGUGAUUGCUGCUUCUACAUUCUCUCAUGGAUUCCAGAAAAAUGUUUAAUCUUUUGGUCACUUUAGAUGUAUAAAUAUGUAAUUAGGGCUUUGAUUCUGAAGCCCUUUGAUUCUUGUUGAUGAAGAACCUAUGGUAGAGGUAUAGUAGUAAGCAUAUGUACUCAGGCAAGUUAGCCUGCUUGCAUAUUUGUCCUUAACUGUGUUGUCUUGUUCACAGCAAAAUCCCUCUCUCAACAGCUGCUAAAACUGUGUUUUGGGAGGGCUAAAAAAAACCCCGAACAAUCCCCCCACAAGUCUUCAAACCCCCAGAUUACUAAUUGAAUUUAAGAUAAGUAGCAUUUGAUUUAAAGCUGAGUAGGGCCAGAUGCUCCUUGAUAACAAACAAGAUAUUUGGCUUUGCUUUGACAGCACUGUUAUUUCCCAGUAAAUUAAAACUCUGGUAGUUGCAAUGGUUGGAUUCAGAAUUUAAUAGAUGAUGGUUAUGACCUUCACGAUACAUUUGUUAGCUUAUUGAACUUUUAUUACAGUUUGUUUGUGUAAAUGGCUAUUGCUCUCUUCUUUUAUGUAGUUCCAAUUUUAGGCUGUUCUGCAAGGAACAUCUGUGUUGCACUACUUUAUCAGAAAUGGUUUUAAGUACAGACAUUAAUAACUUCAAAGGAGUUGGAGGUGGUGAAGGAGCUGAAGGAGGUAGGAAAUAUUGCUGCUGAAAAUUAUUUAUAUUGUUAAGUAAACUUAAGACAUACACCAAGAAAUCCCAUUAUAUAUUUAACAUCUUGCAGAAAUACCCAGGAAGACUCAUUAUCUGUAUUGGUCAAAUAUCAAUCUGCUUCAUUAGUAAGGCAACUUCUGCAAACAAAAGAUAAAUUUCCACUGCAGAAUCAUUAUGCAACAUUGCAGCACAAUUCAAUUAAAAAUAGCACCUGUUUGUUUCUUGGCUUGGUGUUCACCAAACCAGUUGUUAGCCAUAGCCCAAAAAACCUGGGAAAAACAAAAGAUAUGUCCAUUUCCAAAAUGCAUUUAAGACCUGGUAAAAGAAAAUAUCAGAUCCUUAUGUACGCUGUAUCAAAUUUCUUACUAUGUUUUUUUUUUUGUGUGUUUAGCAGUACAUGAUGAUAGAAGGAUAUGCGUUUUCCUAUCAAUCUGAUAUUUUUCUAAUGUUACUGAUUGAAAUGAUAAACCCUAUACUGUUAGAAAAGCUGGGUGCUGAGGGAAAAAUAUGAAUUUCCAGAUCAGUGUGCGAAGGUGUGUGUGUAUGUGUAUAUAUGUGUGUGUAUGUAUAUAUGUAUAUUCAUGUAUGUAUUGAAAGAAGAAAAUCCCAUGGGGUGAGGGGAGCACAGAUACAAGGCAGGUGUAAGUGAUUGUUGGCUAGUAUGUUCCCUUUUGGGUCCCCCUUUCUUCCCUCUUCCAUCGCUUUUCUUGUUAUUUUUUAUUUAUUUAUUGAAAUGAAUGUGUGUUGUAUCUCUCAUAAAUGUUAUCAGAUACUCCCUCUGGCUGGGGGAGUUGUUAAACUACCUGAGGAACAUAAUGUAUAAUCUCAUUUCAUUAACUUUAAGCACAGUAUUUAUUGACUUUAUAGAAAUAAUAAUAUAUCCUUACCCUGCUAAAGGAUAAUCUUUACAAGUUGUGUUAGUCUCAUUCAAACUGAUUUCUCCUCCUCGCUUUCUUUACUGGAAAAAAAAUCCCUCUUGAUGGCUGAUUGGUGUACUUUGUAAAGAAAGCUGUGAUGCAUUUUCUUAACUUUUGUAAAUGAAAUAAAUCAGAUUAGUGAACAAGUGGGUCUAUGCAUAGUUGCAAUAUUCUGCCUAAUCACUGUGACAGACUGGAUUGUCUGGAAAGUUAGGAGAGAAUAAGAAUUAUUUUUCUGAAUCACUUGCCAAGAGAAGGUUUAACUUCCAAAAGUAGAGUGGUGUGGGUUUUUUCAUACUCCACGUAUGUUAAAAAAAAUGUAAAUUAACCCACAUCCCAUAUUUUCAAAUAAGCAAUAGAGAAGUGAAAAAUAACUGGUUUUAAUCAAUUACCUAUCCAAGUAAGAAUACUAAGGAUACUGUGGAAGGGAAGUAUUAAGUUUGUUCAUGAGAAUGUGAAGUAUGUUUGUCCAUUAUGAUUUCAUGAAGAAGGGAUUUCAGGGGAGAUCUGUGUAGAUUAGUUUAGGAGUAUUUCAGCUCAGAAUGUGAGAUCUUUCUGUGUUAUGGGAGAUUGGAAAAACUCAGUUGGGGCAUCAAAUUGACGGAUUUUUUAUGCAUGCAUUCAUGUUGUGUUUAAAUGCAUAGACAAGGCUAUGUGUUUAUUUGGAGGGGAAGGGGGCAGAAAAUUGUCAUGUUUUAGGCUAUGAGAAUGAAGUGGAAAAAGGGAGAUGGGUCUUAUGUAGUGUUUGGUGGGAGCACAGUUUUCUUCUUGUCACUUGCACAGAGGGGUUUGCAUACGCAUUUGAAAACAUCCUGUUGUGGGUUAGGUACAUUUAUACAACAGUUGAAUUAACAUUUUUCAAUAUUAAAGAAUAAUAAAUGUAGUGUGUCAGUUUAAGUAAAAUAUAAUGUUGCAAUAAUUGAAAUAAUUUAUGAUUAAGACCUUUGACAUUUGAAUACCAUAAUUUCAGUGCAUCACAAGCACUGAGUGAUCGUCACAAAUACCUGGGACAGGUUUAAAUAUGGAAAGUUCUUGGGCUCUCAAACUGAAGGCUAGUCUGUGCUCAGUACACAGCAACAGCAGCAGAAUGAGGAGGGGGCAGGUGAGCUCUGAGCCCCAGGUAGAAUGGCAACAUCCAUGGCCUUUGGAGCUGAGAUCUGGUCCUUGGGGGUGGGAGGUGUACACCAUCACAGCUUGGCAUCCUUGCCAGAGGCCAUCUGGAAGGAUCUCCAUAGCUGUGAAGGUCUGCACUUUGCCUUUGUUUAAAACCAGCUUUAAAUAAAAAAUGAGUCCUAAGUGUUAAGCAUAAAGUGGUAUGUUGCUUCUUUUAGAUUUAACUUAUUUGCAUAAAAGUAGACAGUAAUGUUUAAAAACAGAAAAUAAUUCUUCUGAUCAGCUGUUCAGUCAGUUGAAUUGCAGCCUGUUAUGCAGUGCACUGUGAAUUGGUGAACUAACUUUCAUAAUUCUUUGAUUUCCUCAAGUCAGUAAAGCUUAGGAUCCCAUUUUGUUUUUCAGGUAGUAUUGGUGAAAUAAGAUUCUCCUUUGGUUUUGUUCAAAGGUUUGUUUAAGUGUAAGAAGUAAAGUUUUGAGAUUAUAGGCUUCCAGUGAGGAAUUUAGAACAAACAAAUUUUAAGUGACAUUUAUUUCAUAACACUACAUUUGUCAAGAUCUUCUUUGUAAUAUCUUCAUAUAUUUAAUUUUUGGAACAACUCUAAUAAUAUUUAUCAAAGUUUAACAUAUGCUUACCUUUGAAGAUGAGUAAAUAGGAGUGUAAAUAUAUAUAGCUAAAAGAAACUGAAAACUGGCCUACUUUUCAUACCUGUAUAUAAAUGAGAUUAAGUAGUUAGCAGUAUUAACUUCUUCGUAGCAGUUUUGAACUUGUGUACCAAAGGAUAUUUAGAAGACAUGUCUCCUUUAUUUCUAGUAAAAUGUUUGCUAAAUUUCUCUAAAUCAAUUUACUUAAAAUUCUUGAUAGUAUUUUUAGUUGUCUUUUUAGCUCUAGUGAAGAAUCCCAUCUAGUCUUCGCUGGGUGUGAACUAUACAAGCAUACAGAAAGUGAAAUCUGACUUAGGCAAAUUUUCCUGUAACCAAUAUACUUAUCCAUUACUCACUCAUAGAAUAUCUAGAAACCACAUCUUCUAUCAUCCAUGGACAUUACCAGCACAACAUAAUAAUCCCAGUCCUAGAGUAACUGCAUUUGUCCUGAUGGUUAAUACACAUUGUGGAAAUUAGAUUUUCUUAGGAAAAUAAUUGUUUGAUAUUAAAAAGAGUAAAAAAAGAAAAAAACUAAACCAACCAAACCACCCCCAACCCCCCACAGCUUCCCCUCCAAAAAAAACCAAACUCACCCACAUCCAUAUUACAAUUGUUUUGCUAAUCUGCAACAUUGAUAUAAACAAGCUUUUCCUGCUCUGGCAUACCUUAGAUCAUGCAUAUUAUCACAAAACUGGUUUAUCAGUCUUCACAUGCUUUAAAUGGCCAAGUCAAUUGGCUGUCUUAUAAGGAUCCCCUUGAAAGUUGUAUUUCUUUGUCCUUUAAAUGAGUGCAAAGAACUAAGUUUCUGCACUGGAAAAAUUCUUUAAAAUAGUUCUGCAGGAAUGAUAAGUUUAUUUUUGUAAUGCACAGAUUUGGUAACUCGUGCUUUAGUCAAUGGGAGCUGUAUACCUCACUUCCCUAAACCAUGUCUUCCUCCUCCCUGUUUCCUUUGCAAACCUUUCCCAAUCUUAAUUAACAAAAUCAUUAGAAGAGAUAAGUAAAGGAACCAAAUGCUGCACAAAGCUUUUACUGUGUAUGUGUAAUUAGUUGAAAAUGUGUAUCUAUAUACAGAUUAUAGAAUGGUAGAGAGCUUUAGAGCUAGAAGGGGUGUAGAGAUGUCGACCUCCUUCUGCUCCUAUAUUGAGAGUCUCUGUAGACACAUGGUCUGUAUUGUCACCUGAAACAUUCCUGUCUUCCACUGCUAAAGGCACUUGCUGACUAUGUUAAAUGCUGAGGCGAGGUGCUGUGAAUAUUUUUUUUCCCUUUCAAGGAAUUUUAAAAAAAGCGUGCACAUAUAAAUGCAUAUCCUAAUGUGAGCCUAGGGCCUGACCUAAUAAAUACUGUUAUGUGAAAGCACUACGUAGGGUUGUAUUUAUUUGAAUGGAAAUUCAAGCAUGUGCUUCAGUGCUUUCUAGGUCGUCUUAUGCUUUCUGGCUUAAAAGCUGUGUUGGUUUUGGCUGCAAACAUGACACUUGUUGGUAGUCUCCUUUUGGGGAGAGUAGGUUUCCAUGGUAUCAUACUCAUGUGGGUUCAAUGUAUGCCAGUGUUAGAGUCAACAGAAGUGUUUGGAAGAUGUCUUCCAUUCCACGGAGCCAAUCUUACUAUUAUUAAAUUGCCCUUGUAAGUGUAUACUUUUGAAGGAAGCAAGUUUUCUAAAAAGCUACUGCAUUAAAAAAAAUAUUUUUAAAAUUUGGUAAAAUGCUAUUGUUCCCUUCUUCAGUGUUAUAGAUAUCAGAUGCCUGAAUGUAAAAAUGCCUGAGUGGCACCAUAGCAUGCUCUGCAUUUCAAUUGAGUGCCAUUCACCUUACUGCAGUCUUGAACACCCCAUAUGUGAGGAAUUGCUUGCAGUGUUUAGUCCAAGGUAGGCUUUGUUCAGUUUUAACUCACCUUUUUGCUGUGCAUCUGUGGAAGAAGACUGGUGUGUCUUUCUUUUAGUUAUCAUUUACCUAAGUGGCCCAAAUAAAAUAGGUGUUUCACUUGUUUUCAAUAGAGUUGCUUCAGUGUGUGUUCUUCCUGGUUUUGUCCAGUGGACUUGAUGAAUUUGGCAGGUAUUUCCAGAGUUCAAGUCUAUGCUUAUAUUCAGCACAGACAUAAUUUCAUCACACAUCUUCUGUCCCAGAAGCAUGAUUGUCAGUAUAGAUUAUGGUUUAAAGCUGCUAAGGUGUUUUGAGAUUGGAAUAUAAAAAAUCCAGCCAUAUAUAUCAUAGAUCUAACUGAACUUGGAGGCCACUUGUUUAUUUAGCUUCCUACCUAGUCAGUAUUUUCCUCUCAAGGGAGCCGUAUUUUUUGCCUUGAAAUAGCUUUAAAAUAAACAUAAGUCUUGCACCUGACAGAACUACUUUAGUCAUAUGCAGCAGUGAGCUGUUUCUUAAAGAAAGCCAUGGGGGGGAAAAAGAAUUCAAGAAAAACUUGCAAUGCAUAUUCUGAUUCUGCAGGAGCAACUUAGUACGAGAAUAGAGAAAUGCUGCAUGUGAAACUUACCUCCCUUUGGUCAGUGUUUUGAUGGAACCUGUGAUGCUACUCAGUUUGCCUGAUGAAUUUUUACUGAAGCUAAUCAGGGGGUGGAAGCAAAGGCCUUACAGCAAAGUUAACCAUAUCUUCUGAUAAUUCUUACAGAUUGUGCAAUUAUGUGAUUACAAAUGGAUCUUUAAAUGCCAAAAAAUGCCUUUUUAAAGAGUUAAAUGUUAGGUCUGAGGAGUGUUGGAAGUAGCUACUUUCAGAAAUGAGCCUUCAGGCACUGUAAUGAACUUGCUGUCUGUCUUCUGUGCAAUAUCUUUUUCCCUCUGGGUGCUUUAAGAGUAUACUGUAUGUCUUACUUUGUUUUGAUCAAUAUGUUUUAAGAGUGUGUAUAUUGGCUAAUGAUGGGUUUUUUCCUGUACAGCAUGGUGGAAGAUGUUUUAAAAUUUUGCACUUUUCUAGGAUUUGCAAGUUUGUAACAUGAAAAUUUUUAACAUGCACACUUUUGUACAUAAUUAGCAUUGUAUAUAUUUAACAUGAGUCUGAAGCAAAUAAAAGUAAUUGAAUGCAUAA